GACAGGCGGCGGCGGGCAAGUAAGCUGGGAGGAUGGCGACGUCCGCUGCGCUGAUCCUGCGGGAGACCCCCAGCAUGAAAAAAGCAGUGUCACUGAUAAAUGCAAUGGAUAUAGGAAGAUUUCCACGGUUGCUCACCCGAAUUCUUCAAAAACUUCACCUGAAGGCUGAGAGCAGUUUCAGUGAAGAAGAAGAAGAAAAACUUCAAGCUGCAUUUUCUCUAGAGAAACAAGACCUUCACCUAGUUCUUCAAACAAUAUCAUUCAUUUUAGAACAGGCAGUGUAUCACAAUGUGAAGCCAGCAGUUUUGCAGCAGCAGUUAGAGAACAUUCAUCUUAGACAAGACAAAGCAGAAGCAUUUGUCAGUGCUUGGUCUACAGUGGGUCAAGACGCAGUUGAAAAGUUCAGGCAGAGGAUUCUGGCUCCCCACAAGCUAGAGACGGUUGAAUGGCAGCUUAAUCUUCAAAUGGCUCACUCUGCUCAAGCAAAACUAAAAUCUCCUCAAGCUGUGUUACAACUAGGAGUGAGCAAUGAAGAUUCAAAGGUGAAUAAAGACCAAGUGUUGUGCUUUGGAUGGCUGCUUGCAAGUAUUUAACACCCCACGCACUAUGCAACAAACUAGAAUGUAGAACAGAAGCACUAAACAUGUUACUAGGCCUAUUAACUGGAAUAUCCUGUGAAACCAUGACCCUAAACUUCCAAACCAAGGAACCAAAUCCAUGAGGUUUUUGGUUGUACAUAAGCAGCCUCAGGAACUUUUUUUUUUAAGUCAUUGUUGGAAAUAAUAUGUAUCACACGACUUUUGCCAAUUCAACUUUUUACAGGUGUACAGCUUAUUGACAACACUGAAAGUAAUCAGCUGUGCAACCCUACCCUUAAUCAUUGCAAUUUUUCUGUCACUGUAAACCAAAACAAAGUACUCCAUAAAUAUUUUGUGUUUUUAAAAAUUGUUUUGUUGAUAUUAUCUGGAGUUUAUAUAAAUUUUGCUUGUACUCAAUAACUGUGCUGUUGUGAUUGUUACGAUUAAUCACAGCAUAUAGCUGACAAAUUACGUAUACUGGACAGAGAAGAAAAGUAAUGUUAAGUAAAUUUAUAGAAAGAAAUAUUUUGUUCAUAAAUUUCAUUUUCAAGGGAUAUUGGUUUUAUCUUUUAUUCUUUUCUAAAAUUGCACAAGUAAUUUACAUUAUAGAAAAUAUAAGAAAAUAAAAUUCACCUGAUAUCCCCCUGCUAGGGAUAAUAAUUUUUGAAAGACAUAUUUAAUUGCUAUAUAGUGUCUUUCCAAAUCUAUCUAUUGUUAGAUUUUUUCCCCCCUCAUAGACCAUUAUAUUGUGAACAUCUUUCAGUGUAAAUAAAUGAACUUCUCAGCAACAUCAUUUUAAGUAGCUGUAUAGUAUUCUGUUAUUUGUGUGUCAUCUUCUUUCCUUAUUUCUCUUUUGGUAAAUAUGUGUUUUUCCUUCUACUAAUUCUUCAGCAAUACAUUUGGUUUUAAAUCUAUAUUUAAACCAUCUGAUAGAUACUAACAUGUUGGCUAAUUAAAGUCAGGAAUGUAAAUCUUGGAAAUGCUGUCCAUAUAAAUCCUGUUAGAAAGAAUUCUGGUAACUGCGAAGGUAGUUAUUUUUUAUUGCAGGGUUCACAGCUUAUUAUUGCAGGGUUAACAGCCUUUUCCAGGGAUUAACAUGUUUGGACAUAUAGUUUGGAAUGUCUUCUAAAACUGUGUAUAUGCUUAUGAAUUCAUGAAGUUCUCAAACCAAGAGAUAUUGCUCCCUCCCCUUCUAACCUUUCCCUUCCUCUCUUGUUUAUGAUGAAAUAGAAAUGCAUCUUCUUUUAGACAUACCUCCUUUUAUGUUGAAGAGUUCCAGUCCAUACAACUUAAAAGGGUUAUUUUAUCCAAAUUUAAAAUGCUGCCACUUCCUUGGUGAGGGCAACACCAUAAAUACCCCAGAACAACUCACUUGUAAUUCUAGGCAAUAAAAAAGAAUAGAAUUUAUGGAAUGAACAAAGGCUUAUGAAAUUUUCCAGGCAAAAGAGACUUCAGAAAUCCUUCAGCUCUCUAAGUUUACUGAUGAGAAAAUCAGGCCUGGUAAGAUUCAGUGAUCUGUAAGUUAACAGCCAGACAAGAAGCCAGCCUGACAGUAAAGGAGGAAAUACUGGACUUGGAGUAAGAAGACUGAGUUUAAAUUCUUGGACUGAAUCAUUCUGAGGCACAUUUCCCAAUUUGAAAAUGUGGCUAGAAAUACCUUCGUCAUAGGAUUGUUGAUAGGUGAUAUCUGUUUAAUGCCUAUUACGAUGACUCUCACAUAGUAGGCACCUAAUGUUAAUAUUAAUUGAAUUUGCAUUUGUAAUGCUAUCGUUUUAACAUUACGUUAGGAACACAAUUAUUCUGGAAAAUAUUUUUUUAGGAAAAUAUUAAUUUGGAAAAUAGUUGAAUACUGGCUUGGUUGCUCAUCUAAUAGUUUGCUCUUUAAAAAAAAAUAUAUCAUUCAGUAGAAUUACCAUAUGACCCAGCAAUUCCACUCUUAGGUAUAUACCCAAAAGACCUGA